UUGAUAUGAUUAUAUAGUACGACCUUCAGUCAGUUCAGUUAUCUAUCGGCAUUAAAGGGGAGAUGAGUAGCGUAUCGGCAAUAUUAGUUUUGGUGUUAUUAGUUAAUAGCGCUUUCGGCGCUAAAAUUUUGGGAAUAUUUCAUGCAUUCGCUUACAGUCACCAGCAACUCGGAAAUAAGAUUCUCUACGAACUCGCUGCGCGAGGCCAUCAAGUUACCGCUAUCAUACCCGCUCCAUUUGUCCCGAAAACGCCGAUUAAAAAUUAUAAACCUGUGACAUUUGAGUUACCUGACUUUGUACAUGAUAAGUUGGAUUUGUAUAAGGAAUCUGAAAGGGGAGUCUUAAGCAAAUUCAUAUUUAUGGAUGUGAUAGGAGUCGUUUUUACUGAAAUGGUUUUUAACCAAACCACCGUACAAGAGCUUUUAAAGUCAAACGAACAGUUUGAUAUGGUUAUAAUGGAACAAUUUAUUAAUGAGGCAUUUAAAGGGUUUUGCUACCAUUACAAAGCGCACUGUGUGGUUGUCAGUACAAUAGGUACUUCUAGAUGGACUGAUUUUCAAAUGGGCAACCCAAUCAACCCUGCAUACAUGCCCGAUAUUUUAUUAAGUUAUUCGAGCAAUAUGAAUUUCUACCAACGGCUAAUUAAUUCCCUAACCUUUCUCCUGGGAACAAUACACUUUUUUCUAUCUUCGUUGCCUAAACAGAACGAAAUAAUGCAGAAGUAUAUACCAGGAGCGCCGCAUCUAAAUGAGUUGUAUUAUAAUUCCUCUUUGAUGCUUUUAAAUUCUCACACCAGCAUUAACCCAGCAGUACCGUUGGUACCAAAUAUGAUCGAAAUUGGAGGUUUCCACGUGAGUUCUCCAAAGCAAUUACCUAAAGAUUUGCAAGAGUACUUAGACGAAGCCAAAGAUGGUGCCAUUUAUUUCAGUAUGGGCUCGAAUUUGAAGGGAAAAGAUAUGAACGAAGACGUACGAAAUGCUAUUUUAAAAGUGUUUUCAAAGUUAAAGCACAAAGUACUGUGGAAAUGGGAGGCCGACGUUCUUCCUAACCAACCCAAAAAUGUUCGUCUGGGAAAAUGGUUUCCCCAACAAGACAUAUUGGCACAUCCCAAUAUAAAACUUUUCAUUACCCACGGCGGUUAUUUAAGCACAACCGAGGCAAUCUAUCAUGGGGUACCGAUAGUUGGUAUACCCGUCUUUGGGGACCAAGAAAUGAACGUGGCUACAGCGGAGAUUGAUGGAUACGGAAAGGGCGUCAGUUACAAAACUUUAACGGAAGAAUCUUUUGGAAACGCCGUCAAUGAAGUUUUACGUAACCCCAAGUACUCAGAAAAUGUAAAAAGGAGGUCGAGAAUAAUGCACGAUCAGCCGAUGAAGCCCUUGGACAAAGCGAUGUAUUGGAUCGAGUAUGUUUUGCGACAUAAUGGAGCACCCCAUUUACGCACGGCCGCCCUAAACUUGCGUUGGUUCCAAGUGCUCUGCUUGGAUGUCAUUCUGUUCGCAGCGAUAACGAUGUUUGUAACUACUUUUGCUGUCUAUAAGGUAAUAGUUAUUACAUGUCGAAGCCGAUCAACAAAAUUGAAACUGAAAAAACCAACAAAAAAGAAAAAUUAGAUGAGGUAGAGAUAAGUUACUUAAUUGUAUUUACGUGCUUUUGUUGUACAAUAUAAUUAAAGUGUUUUCACAAUUUCACAAUUAAAGCGUCGUCAAUUAA